CACAGCCUCGCGUCGGUUUCAAGGCUCCCCCAUCACACUGCCCUGCUCUAGGAAAACAAAGCUUAAUUUCCACGAAAUCUUUUAUUUUCCCGCCUCUGAAGAUCACAGCUUUUAAUUGCCGGCCAAGCUAAAGCCCCGGGGUGCAGCUCUAAUGAGGAUCCGGGCGCAGAAGAGGCCGAUCUAGGGAGGUUGUUUAUCUAUAGUAUUGGGGGGACCUUGAAACAGCCGAUGUCCCAUUUCCUCUGUUGUUUUGCUUCUCUUUAGUCUGGAUUCUCCAUGUUGAACCAAUUCUGAGAUUUGGGGCUGGGAGCCGCCGAUCUACGUGUAUGUCUGUGCUUCUCUUCCCAGCGACCACUGCCGUCUCCCCGGAGCGAGAAGGGAAAAGAUCGGGGAUCUGGGAGAGGAGAGGGAUCGGCUGUACAUCGGAUCUGGAGAGGCGAGAUCAGCACUGGAUCCGUGCAAGUGUUAGAUGGAAAGCAGCUGUAUCAUCGCCCAAGUGCACAGAGAAGAGGCGCUUGUGCACCCCAAACCAGGACUAGUGUCCAGAUCUUCACCAAAGAAGCCUAGAAGUCGGAGUAUCUUCAAAGCUCUCUUCUGUUGCCUUAGUGCACAGAAUGUCAGCCGACCAGGGGGCCCCUGUGAGGCUCCCACCCAAAAGGAGGAGGCACAAUCAACUCCAAAGGCGGAUCUGUUACAAUGUCUCCAGUACCAGUUCUACCAGAUUCCAGGUACCUCCUUGCUCCCUGAGGUAGCGCCCAAGGAUAAGGGGAAGAUAUGUAUGGUGAUUGAUUUGGAUGAAACGCUAGUUCAUAGUUCUUUUAAGCCCAUCAGCAAUGCAGAUUUCGUAGUACCAGUAGAGAUUGAGGGGACCACUCAUCAGGUAUAUGUUCUGAAAAGGCCUUAUGUUGAUGAGUUUCUGGAAAGAAUGGGUCAGCUCUACGAGUGUGUGCUAUUUACUGCUAGUCUUGCCAAGUAUGCUGAUCCAGUGACAGACCUUUUGGACAGAGAAGGGGUCUUCAGUUGCCGGCUCUUCAGGGAAGCUUGUGUCUUCCACCAGGGUUGCUAUGUCAAAGACUUGAGUCGUCUAGGAAGAGACCUGAAGAAAACCAUUAUCUUGGACAAUUCUCCAGCAUCGUACAUCUUUCAUCCAGAAAAUGCAGUGCCUGUGCAGUCUUGGUUCGAUGAUAUGGGGGACACAGAGCUUUUAAGCCUCAUCCCAAUCUUCGAGGAGCUCAGUGACACCGAGGACAUUUAUACCAGUCUUGGCCAACUGAGGGCUCCUUGAGUUUUCUCCUGUUGCCUUGAGUUUUUUUCAGGGGACAUUUUUAUAUCUUUUUAAUAUUCUUUUAUUUUUAUUUUUCUGUUUAAUCUCUCACACGCAGUGCCUUUGGCCUUGGAGGACAAGGAACAAAAGUGGAUAUUGAUAUUGGGGCCUUUUCCAAGCAAGCUGCGUACAGUUCACACUCCUUAUGGCCUGCGUGCUUAGUGGCACGUUGGUGGUGAAUGCAGGGAUCUAUACAUGCCAUUACCUUGGUGCACUAGUAGGAGAAAGUGUCCUUUUUAAAUGGUACCAUGUACCUCCCUUUUCUAGUUCUGUACUGCUGUUUAGUUUUCAUAUCUUUAAUCAAACUGUACAAAGGAAGGCUACAAUACUGAGAAGUUACAGGAUCCAUGUCGGUACUUUAAACAGCCUGAAGCUGAACCCAAGCCAAAACCUGUAUUUACACAUAAAAAAAUGCAGCCUGUCUAAUACUUCAUUGCUUAAAAUAUUUACUUUCAUUAAUGCUGCACAGAGCUUGUAAGCGCCAAACUUUUGGCACUGAAACCUACCAUCCUGCUGGGAGUGCUGAGAUCGCUGCAGAUCUCUCGGCAUUCCCAACAUUCACAAAACCUCUUGCGUUCUUUUCAGGGUGCUCUGAGUGGAGGAGGGGAGAUUGUGAAUGGAGGGAGCAACCCGCAAUGACCUCUGUACUCCCAGUGGAGACCGUAAGCUUACAUUUCUGUGGGAGGGUUAAUAAAAGUAAAGUUAAACAAUGAAGCAGCAGCCAGAUAUGGUUAAAGACUGCAUUAAGAGCCUUUUUAUUUUAAAUUUUCAGAUUUGUCAACAUAGGUUUGGCUAGAGUUCAGCUUUAAUAACUUGAUACAUCCAGGAGUUCAGGGACCUAAAUGGGAAGUAGAAGCCCAAGUAAUGUUGGCACACCGGGGGGUAACAAGAUGGGUGAAAAUAAGCUUUAGCUCAUCAUUCUGUAAUGUGUUUUGUUACAGGCAUGUUAAAAGUUCAAGAGUACCUGUUGCUUUUAUAGAAAGUCAUUUUGUAGCCUGAACAAAAGUGGUGAGGAUGCAGCCUGUCUGUUUACAAGUAAAAUCAGAGGUUUUGACUUUAUCAUUGUAUAUUAACUGGCAGUAUCUGUAUUAUAGCUGCACUGAUAAUGCUGUUCUGAAAGCCAUUUUUACUUUUGUAUCCAACUUUUCUUUUAUUUUUAUUUUUUACCAUAAUUCUUAAUAGGACAGCAGAAAAAUGAGCAAUGACUAAAAGCAAUACAGGGAGAACUUUGCUGUCGAUUAUAUACUAUUGAGUGUUUAUUGGCCAGCCAGUACCCUUCAGGUGCUUACUGUACAGAGUGUUCCCCUCUCAUGUUAAUUGUGCAUCAUGUCUGGUGACCGCAGGAAUGAUCGAAAAUGAGUACAGUAACUGCGUGGGUGACUGAAGUAACACACAUUUAACAGUCGCCUUCCACCAAAACCAUUCUGCUAAAUUUUAUUAAUCCUUUGCAAUUAGUUUGUAUCCCUACCCUUAAAUAUUGAUUCUGCCAGCAAAAUUUUUCAGUUUUUGUUCAAGUGACCGAUUCUGCAAUAUUUAACUUUUUACGGUGAGAUGAUAGGCCUUUUUAGGUUUGCGUCAUCCCAAGCACAAAGACUAGCUAGUGUUUCAGAGUAACCCACGCGAGGUACACAUCUGAAAUGAUUGGGCCAGGAACAGACAGCAGCUUUGAUUUAUUUCGAUUUGGAUUAUUUUUUUACACUGGAUGCAUCCAUGGUAGAAAGUGCCUAGUUGAUAAUGGUAUUGAUACAUGUUGCUGUUACCCCAAUGUCAUACAGAUAUAGCAGUUAACAGUUGUGUCAUUGAAAAAAAUGAAAGAGAUGGAAAAGGGCUCACUUAAUCACUGGUAAACGUCAUAUGCCCUUGUGUAGCAGUAUCCCUUUUUAUUACCUUUUAUUUAUACUAAAUAAAUAGAAUGAUUUAAUUAGUUCAAACAUGUAAAAACCAAAGGGAUUUUUAACGUUAAGCUGCUUUGAGAUUUUUUAUAUAUAUAUGGAUAUAUAAAGUUCACUAUGCUGUUUUGAUAGUAGACUUGAAGCAAAGAUAAUUGUCCACUGACUCCUAUGAGAAUCCAAAUAGCUUUACACUGAGGUCAGUAUUGAAUUUUUGUAUUUUACAAACUGUGGAGAGUGGUUGGUGCUUACCAGAUUAAAUCAGUCGCUGACAUACACUACAUAGGCAGUGCCUUAUACUCGCAAUGUUUGGUAUCAUUUUAAAGUUGGAAUAUUGGCUUUACUGGUUUGUGCCGGUAUCACUGAGCAGUGGAGAUCAUGCUACAUGAUGAACCAUGCACACAUCUCAGCUGGUCCAAUUUCCUCAAGACUUUAGCACUUCUCUGAACUGGAAAGGGUAUGGUAUGUUUUUAUAGUUCUUGUACUUGGGCAUGGUAGUUGGGGGUUGGUUUCUAAAGGUUUUUCCAGACUAAAUUAUAUUUUGACCAUGAUGUUUGAUGUAGGUAUAACAUAUACCCUGUGUUAAAGACACUUGUCACAAAACAAAUAUGUGGGCUGCUGUUACUGACCUACUUGUGAAAAGGUUGGUUGCUUGGCUGUCUGGCAUCGGAACUUGAGUCAUUAGCACAGAACAAGUAUGUAGCAAUUGGCGUUGGACUUAGCAGGUUUAGGUCAUUGAUUCAGAAAGUAUUACAGUCUUAGAGAUUAAUAUGCCAUCCAAACAGCAUUUACAGAGGACAACAUGGUAGCCAAAGUAUCUCCCUUUAGGAGAUGUCCUAUAAGAUGAGAUGCUCAGCUCCACCAAAGCAGUCUUAUCACAGACUUGCAUACACCAAACAGUCCUAUAAUGGCACUAAAAGAGGCUUUUAUACUUCAUGAACAGGAAGUUGCAGGGUAAAGAACCUCCUUACAAGUAAGGGGUGGUCAAAUUUUAGUUUAGCCUGCAAAACCCCCUUAAACCUGUGUUGACUUUAAUAUAACUAAAUUAUUUUUCUGUAGAGGUAGAGACACCACAAGGUUCCAGAACAUACGUUUAGUUUUACAUGAUGACCCACACUGGAUACCAAGAGAUUCUGCUAAAAUGCCUAAUUAAUGCCCAACUUUCUGGUUGUGGAUGCAGAGACACUCCACCUUCUCCCCCAGAGUCCACUGCCUGAACAACCUAUUGGCAUUCCUGUGUAUGGUUUUAUUUAGAAGGAGGCAUGUAAAAUGAAUGGUAUUAACCGGUGAAGAGCUUCUACCAUGUAGUGCCUUUUUGGCUUCUUAGAAACACAUUUAAAAGCUUAAAAAUUAAAACUUGAGGGCAGGCUGUAUUUACUUCUGAUAAUUGCCUUCUCCUCCAUUUUGUACCAUAAAGGGUAGCCCUCAUUUCCUGACCUGUCUUCUACUGUUUUUCCAUUUACAGGGUAGAGUAGGACUGUUACUAAUUGGACCUCAGGGGAAUCUCACACACAGAUAACGAAAAGAAUGGCAUGACCAUUGCUGUAUCAGCCAUUUCUUGUACACUUUAGAGAUGUCAAUGCUGCACAUAAGUCAGGCAGAACAUGUACAUUCCUCCGUGUGUGUGGCUUUCUGUGGUGGCUGGAUGUGUGCUUGGGAUCUGACCUUCCUCUCUGAGGGUCUGUGACAAGUAUUAGGUUUUAUUCUUUUUAGAACAAUCAGCUGUUGGAGUGACUUUCAGCACAUUGCUGUAAUUAAGUUUCUACCGGACUGGAUGGACUGAUCAUCAAACUAUGUAAACCCUUUAAAAGAGCAUGUAAUAAAAUCUAUUUUUAUGCCCUA